AUGAAAAUAAGUGACACAGACUCAAAAGAAUUUUAUGCUACCUUUAAAAAGACCUUCAUGCCUGAUUGUCUUUCCAGAAUCAAUAUUUUGGAUGAUGGAAGCCUCCGAAUUGUCAAUGUUACUAAGGCGGAUGCUGGAAGUUAUUCCUGUAUAGCCACAAACCAUUUUGGGACUGCUAGCAGCACGGGAAGUUUGGUGGUGAAAGAUCCAACACGGGUUGUGGUGCCACCUUCCAGCAUGGAUGUCACUGUUGGAGAAAGUAUUGUUCUGCCUUGCCAGGUAUCUCAUGAUCACUCGCUAGAUAUUAUGUUUACUUGGUCAUUUAAUGGACACCUGAUAGACUUUGAGAAAGACGGGGAUCACUUUGAAAGAGUUGGAGGGCAGGAUUCAGCUGGUGAUUUGAUGAUCAGAAGCAUCCAGCUGAAGCAUGCUGGGAAAUACGUCUGCAUGGUGCAAACAACUGUGGACAAGCUAUCAGCUACUGCAGACCUGAUUGUAAGAGGUCCACCAGGCCCACCUGAAGCUGUGACAAUAGAUGAAAUCACUGACACUACAGCUCAGCUAUCCUGGAGGCCAGGAGCAGAUAAUCACAGCCCCAUUACUAUGUAUGUCAUUCAAGCAAGGACACCAUUUUCUGUGGGAUGGCAAGCAGUGAACACAGUUCCAGAUGUCAUUGAUGGCAAGACGUUCACUGCAACCGUGGUGGGCUUAAACCCUUGGGUUGAAUAUGAAUUCCGAGCAGUCGCAGCCAACCUCAUUGGGAUUGGGGAACCAAGCAGAUCAUCUGAGAAACGAAGAACUGAAGAGGCCCUUCCUGAAGUCACCCCAGCUAACGUCAGUGGAGGCGGAGGGAGCAAGUCAGAGCUGGUCAUUACCUGGGAGACAGUGCCUGAAGAGUUACAGAACGGAGGUGGCUUUGGUUACGUGGUGGCAUUCCGGCCCUUUGGCACAAUAAGCUGGAUGCAGACAGUAGUAGCCUCUUCUGAUGCCUCCAGAUAUGUGUUUCGAAAUGAGAGCUUGCCGCCAUUCACUCCCUACGAAGUUAAAGUGGGAGUGUACAACAAUAAAGGGGAAGGUUCUUUUAGCCCGGUGACAGUUGUCUAUUCUGCAGAAGAAGAACCCACCAGAGCACCGACCAAUGUCUUUGCCAAAAGCCUUUCUGCUUCAGACAUUGAAGUUUAUUGGGCCUCUCCACAUGAGACUCAGAGUAAAGGAAGAAUACAGGGUUAUGAGGUUAGAUGUUGGAGACAUGAAGAUAAGGAAGAAAAUGCUAGAAAAAUCAGGACUAUUGGUAAUCGAACAUCUACAAAAGUCACUAAUUUGAAAGGCAAUGCACUAUAUCAUUUAGCUGUCAAGGCAUACAACACUGCAGGGUUGGGACCCUCCAGUGCCACCGUCAAUGUCACGACCAAAAAGCCACCACCAAGUCAGCCCCCUGGAAACAUCAUAUGGAAUUCAUCCGACUCCAAGAUUAUACUGAACUGGGAUCAAGUAAAAGCACUGGAUAAUGAAUCGGAAGUGAAAGGAUACAAAGUUUUAUACAGAUGGAACAGACAGAGUAGCACAUCUGUAAUUGAAACAAAUAAAACAUCUGUGGAGCUUUCUUUGCCUUUUAAUGAAGAUUACAUCAUAGAAAUAAAGCCAUUUAGUGACGGAGGCGAUGGUAGCAGCAGUGAGCAAAUACGAAUUCCAAAGAUAUCAAAUGCAUAUGCGAGAGGAUCUGGUACCUCUACUUCAAAUGCGUGUACAUUGUCAGCCAUCAGCACAAUAAUGAUAUCCCUCACAGCUAGAUCCAGUUUAUGACAAAAAUUGCAUAAAGGACUUCCUGUUUAUAAUAUAAGCAACAUUUAGCUAGUUGUUUUGAAGACACCCAGUACUAAGUAAUAUUGUUGUUCAAGUACAUCUUACUACUGGAAAAAAUGUUUUAUGCUUCUUUAGGAAUGGCAUUAUACAGUACUUCCUCAAAGCAAAUAUAGCUUUGUUUGAAGUUUCCUUGGAAACUCUGCAAUGCACUGAAAACAUCUGUAAUACGAUGUUACCAAAGCAGUUUACAUAUGUCCUUAUAUGCAUAUUUUUUAUUAUAUAUUUAGUGUUUUAUAGAAUUUUUUAAAGUUAACAUAUGAUGUAGAUAUUAAUUUUUCCUCUGCUAUAAAAUGCUACAGACAACACUAUCAUAAAAAAAUAUGGUUUGGAAUUUUUUCCUUUAGGAUUAAGGGUUCAAAGUUGUUGUCAGUAAAUUGGUUACAAAUUUAAUGUACAGUUUUGCAAAGGAAUACAUUGGGAAAACUGUUUAGGAUUUGAUUCGUAACUCAAGGCAGCUGUAUUUAAAUAUAAGUUAUAUGGUUCCUAUGUUAAAUCAAGUGCUUAAGAUAUUUUUCAUUUUGGAUCAGCUGAGCAAGCAAGAUAAAAUUGAGAUAACUUUCAAGAACAGCUACAAACUUCAAAAAUGAACAUACAAAUUUAUGUUCUAAGCCAAUAAUUUAAUUGCAGAUUAAACUUUCAUUUUACUGUAUUUAAGUGGUUUUGUUUUUAUCACAAUUAACAUUAAAUUGGACAUUAUAGUUGACAUUACUUAGUCAUAAUCUCUUCCUAUAAUAACAUAACCAAAAGUUACUGGAGCAAAAGAAAGACCAGAUUCUGAUCUUAGUUACCUUGGUAUAAAUCCAAAGUAAUGCUAGUUUAAAUAAAUUAUUUUUGGGGGGAUUUACACCAAGGAAAUUAUAAUCAUAAUAUGCAUGUCUUUAAGAUUUAAAACUAAAUCUGGCUUCCACUGUCUGAAUAUGUAUUUCUUUUCAGAGUACAUUUUACAUGUAAUUCAUAAAUCUUCAUAAUUUAAUUACAAAAUAAUGUUUGCUUAUAUUAAUGAGUCUUUUAAGUGUAGGUCAUAAACUUAAUCUGCAAAUGCAUCACAUUUCUAGUGAAUAACUCUCUAAAGUACAUUUUUUUCAUGUGUAUGGUCCCUCAAUAGUUCUGUGCUAAGAAGUCUUUGUUUCUUUAGAGACUCUUCAUACAAAUGUUAGAAUCAUAUUGGAAAAUGACAAUACCAACAUCAAAAUAACUCUUCUUGAGUAAAGGACUGUUUGUUACUAUGGGAUAAUUUUGUAAGUGCGCUCAGAUGGACUGAUGCUAGUAAAAAGGCAAUGGAAUUUUCUAUAAAAAUUUUCAAGUUUAAAUGCGCUGCGGUGGUUUAUUUUUUUUCCUGAUAGCUUGAAUAUGCCUGUAACUUGUCUUUUUUGCUUACAAAAUAAUACAAGUUAACUUUUAAACUUCUAAAUAUAUUUAUUCGGUAACUCAUAAUUGGGAUUCCACUUGUGUAAAAGGCAGGGGUGUUAACCAGAGAAAUAUUGUCAGUAUUUCAAGCUGUGUUCCUUUCUUAGUUUGAUAUGGUUACUUCUAUGUAAACACAAAAACAAAAAAAAACACACAAAAACAAGAAAAUAAAGAAAAAAGCCUAUGUAGUUUUCUCCCCCCGUGUAAAUGAUAUUUAUCAGUGAUCUAGCAGAUGUAAUCUUUUUUUAAAGGUAUUGGUAAUAAAUAUUCUGUCAUUUGUAAA